AUGGAACCGAACGGGUUAGGAGAACCAUUGUAUGAACCUGGGUCCCCACAAGACGCCAAGGUCGAUAUCGUAUUUGUGCACGGUCUCAACGGCGACAGGAUCAAGACUUGGACAUUUGAGGAGACCGAGGAUAGCCCCUCUAUGUUCUGGCCCAAGGAUCUUCUCCCUGCCAGAUGUGAGAACGCUCGAAUUCUCUCCUUUGGCUACAACGCUGAGGUUGUGCACUUGUUCAAUCUUGGUAAAGCCAAGUCACCUAUUGCUCCUACAACUACCAUCAACGACCACUCGGCAGCUCUAUUCGAUAGUCUGAAAGGGCUCCGCGAACGAACGAAUACGGCCGAUCGUCCUAUCAUGUUUGUUUGCCACAGUCUGGGAGGCUUGGUAUGCGCCAACGCGAUUUCCAAGCAGUAUGGAGCGAAUACUCCUGAGAAAGCACUAGUUGACAAGGUCCGUGGCAUGCUCUUUCUCGGAACUCCCUUUACAGGAUCCGACAAGGCAAAUUGGGCUUUGAUAGUGACUCAGUAUCUUCGCCUCAUCGUUUCAGUCAACCAAGAAAAGCUCAAACACUUAGAUGAACGGUCAGACAAGUUAAUGGACAUCAGCAAUGAGUUUCUCAAACUAGUUCACGAGAGACAACGCAGCGACGCCCCAAUAGAGGUGGCAUUUUACUUUGAGGAACACCCCACCAAGCGAAAGAAAGUCAACUUGGGCUUCAUAGUUGACAGGAGUUCUGCUGUCCCCAUGGGAUUUACGGCUCUUUCUAUCGCCGCGGAUCAUUCGAACAUGUGCAAGUUUGAGGACGAGAUACGAGACGGGUUUAUUAGUGUUUCGAACAAGCUGUAUCAAUGGAUACAAGACCUUGACAAUGCAGGAAAGGAUGGAGCUGCGAACAAAGGGGGUGUCAACGUAUAUCAACCGAGUGUUUCAGGGGUAUCCAACUCUACCGGGAUCAUAACAGCAGCGAUUAUCAGUACAGCAACGGAUGGAAACAAACUUGUCGGAUCUCAAACGUUUACUAUCAAUGGAGACUCUACUGGCGAUAUAGCAAGGAAGCUUGCUACUCUGUAG